AUGUUGCAUAACAAUUCAUCGGACCUGCCCGACGCACCUCAUCCCCUUUCCGGGGAUGAGUUCUCCCCCACUUCCCCUCCUUCAAGCGGGAAUCCUUCCGUGGAUGCCACCCUGUCGGCCCCUCCGAAUCCCCUGAUGGGGAAGGGAGCCCCGUCGAGCACGACGAGGCCGAAGGAGGCGGAGGGGCCGCCCGUCGUGCUGAGGGGGACGGUCGUGGGUGACGCGGGCCGGCCGCAUUCCCUCUCCGACGUCGUGCAGGAUCGGCGGCCUUCCUCGGAUAAAAGAAUGCCAGAAGAGGGGAGGAAACCGGUUUCUGGUGGGCAAUUUGCACCCUCUGGGGAUGACCAUCCCGCCACCGGAGUAGUUCGUACCUCCGCUGCAGGGCUCUUAUUGGGGGCGGGGCGUUACGUCGGGGAGCUCGAUCUGAACACGCAGCUACCCCACGGCCGAGGGAUGCUUCACUUCAGCGAAGGUGGUACCCAUAAUGGAGUGUGGCGGAAUGGCAAGGCCCAUGGCUAUGGCGAACGGUCUUACGCGAAUGGGGAUUUGUACCUCGGGGAAUGGGUGGACGGGGUGCGCUGUGGUUCUGGAGAGUUUAUCUACGCGGAGGGCCACCGCUUUAAGGGGACGUAUGCGAACAACGAACCGAAUGGAUAUGGUGUGUUUGUUGCCGUCAACAAUGAUCGGUAUGCCGGAAGGUGGUUGAACGGCUGUAAGGAUGGAAAGGGCCAAGAGGUUCUACACGACGGUCAAAGGUUUGUCGGGCGAUGGCGGAAUGGUAAAAAGCAGGGCCGUGGACGGCUUUAUCUUCCAGGUAUCGCAUCUCCCAUUUAUGGUGUCUGGAAUAAUGACGAAUUUUUCCGUGAGCUUACCUCCGCCGAAGUGAAGGGAGAAUUACAGGCAAACACAGAUGACUUUGGGGGACCACAAACAGGCGAUGAAGAUCCCUUUUUCCAAAAUACAGUCUUUAAUCCAGACUUCCGUGAAGGUGGAGCAUUCAGACAAGCAACGGAACCGGACGAGGCUUUCGAAUUGGGAAAUCUUGGAUCCAGAGUGGCUGCAGGGCUCAUGGGAGGACUAAGCUUCAUUGAAGAUCGUCUUGAGGCUCUUGGUAGAGCAUUCGAACACGUAGCUACACUCUCGCCAUUCAACACAGAAGAGAGCGAAACUCGUUUGCCAUCACGCGGACAUUUUGUUGAAAUGACUUCUCAGGAAGGCCCUGAAUCGUAUGUAUCCCCCUUGCAACGUGCUGGUAAUGCUAGCACUCUGAGAGUCCAAGAGGGUGUUGUGGACCAAUCGCAGCGGAUUCCUGAAGCUACCGAAAUAGUGGAAAUUGAAGAUCCUACCUAUGACGAGGUUGUAGGAGGGGAAUUGGAGCCUACACAUGAUGCCUUGUACCAAGUGAGCCUGAAUGACAAGGAGCCACUGAACAUAGAGUCGAGCUAG